CAAUACGAGUCUUUGACCUCUUUGUUUCUUGUUAGAUCAUCAGGCUUGUCGAUAAGAUAGUGAGUUAUAGUGGAGUUUGAUUGAAUUGGUUGUUAACUCAGUUGAAAAUGAUUGUUGUUGCUCAGCAUCGGAAUCAAUACUAUGGGAGAAGUAGGGCACAUGAUCCUACUCGAUUUGAGUCAUUUGGUUCACCUCCUAAUUGCCGGGCUUUUGAGUCCCGAGCAGGUUCAUUUCAAACCCAAUCUAAGUCUUGCAAGAUACCUGGCACUAAACGGCCCUCCUCGGGUUCUUUGUCUCCCAAAACACGAUCACCUUUAGCAUCACUGCCUGUUAAUACUGUUAAGUCUUACUCUGAAGAUCAAACGAAAUCAAGAAAACCAGGCAGAAGUAGCACGGUUGCGAUACCAUUUAACCUCAAAGUGGAUGUUGGUUCUAGGAAUGAGGUUUUCUUGAAUGAUGAGUUUCCAUUUUCUGAACUAUGGGCGGGACCAGCAUAUUCAAAUUCUCCUUCCCCUAGUUCUUUGCCCAUGCCCAAAUUUUCUCUCAGGCCUAAAAGGACUGCCUCUCUUGAAUUUCCUGCUUCAGCGUCUGAUAUUGAUUUACGUCCCGUUGCCAAGUCAGCACCAGCAUCCCCAACCAGGGAGCGUGGUCCUUCUCCAGGAAUUGUAUUUGACAGUACUGACUCUGCGACACAGACUCUUCGUCGCAUGCUCAACCUUGAAAUUAUAGAUGGAUGAAUGUGUGGUUGGAGUGCUGAGUAGCAGCUUAGUAGGGGAUUAUGUAGUUUUCGUAUUGGGUAAUAGUAGAAAGUACAAAUGGUGAAUAAAUCAGUUUUUACUCUUUAGUUUGAAAGUUAUGGUUUUGCUUAGUGUUUGUCAUGGUAGAGAACAGCUUUAGUUCAGUAGUGAAGUUUCAGCACCUGGUAAGAGUGUUUGUUUUAAGGGAAAUUCGAUAUGAGCAAUGGCUGGAUGGUCAACUGUCUCCAGGUACAUUCAAAGUUCGUGCAUUUAUGUGCGCUUGUGCAUAUAUCAGUGGAAGAAGAAACUGGGUGUUGAGUGCAAUGCUCCUAUUGUAGUAAUUAAUAGAUAGCUUGUAGUUCUUUGUAGAGGUUGCAGAAGUUGUUGCUCAACUAUCGACAAUGCUCCGGAGAUCACUUCAUCAUAACCAUCAAUUCUCAUUCUUGGUUCUACUUGUCAUAGGAUUGUUCCUUUAGAGAUUCUGUUUGUCAGAGAUAUUGUAUAUAUCUUAGACCUUACCAGAUUAGUUAACUUCCCUUUAGACUUCUGUUCUAGUCAGUUACCAAACUCUUAGCCGUUUCAUCCAAUCUUGCAUCGUAACCUUCUCUCUCUCUUUGUAGAUUCAAAUUCACGACUAGAAUAGGAUAAUUUGGUUUAUCUGAGUCCUUGCUAUUCCUUGAAUGCCUGAAUUGGCUGGUCAUUAUACCUUUUGUCUGUGUUAUUUCUUCUUCUCUUUGACUUUGAAUAGGAUCUAACUCCUACUUCUUCCUCUUGAAGUUUUUUCCCUUUAACCAAUUUUCUGUUUUUUGGAAUGAAAAUCGGGAAAGGGAAUUUGUAGUUAGUUGUAUCCUUUUCGGUUCCUGGUUUUUGGUAUCUUCCCUUUUAGCGUUCCUCCUGUGAGUCCAAUUAUGCCUGUUAAGUAGUUUAUUCCACUCAGCUUGCCUCUGGAGAUGGUUGAUCAUCUAGUUAUUGAUAAGCACUUUUAGGAGCUGUUGGAAGAAUGUUGAAGAUGCUGUUCUCGUUGCUCUGACCUUGGUGGCACCACUCGUUAUGUUUCAUUUCAGUGUCUUUAUAGUACAUGCAGUCUGUAGGUCUUAAGACCAAACUGCUAGUUACUACUGCAGUGAUUAUCUAGUGUUGUUAUGUUUUAUGUUUUGGAGCUUUUACAUUUGUCGUUGAACUUAGGAACUUCUUGUUAUUGUUAAGGUAGCAUUUUGAUGAAGACUGUAGUUCUGUUUCUCUACGUACUGUUGUUUGCCUGUCGAAGUGCUGCUGCUCAGGCAUAGUAUUUACUUUGCUACAUGCCCACCUCUUUUGGUAUCAGAAAUUAUUCACUUAGGCUCUGCUUAUGUUGUACCCUGGCAAGAGGCAACCCAUUUUCAGUUUGUCUUUUAAUAAUGAUAUUUUUUAGUCA